CCCACACGCACGCACCGCAUCAACAGCGCUGUGGCCUACAGCUGGGACCCACCGAGCCCAAGGGACCACCACCUAGCUCACUUCACGCCGCGCCAAUUUAUUUCCCCCGCUCCGCUUCGCCGGAGCAGCAGCUCCUCAGUUCCUCACACACAAGCUCGAAAUCCCCCAUGGCCGCGACCUCCUCCUCUGCGUCCAAACCCUAGCUGGCGAGCACUAACAAUCCGAACCCCAGAUCCCCAUUCCGUGCGGUGCCUCCCCCGCCCCAUGGCGAACGCGACGCACCACACCAUCCGCCGCGCCGCCGCUCGCUCGCGCGGCUGGUGCUGCUCUUUCGCCGGCGUCCCGCAGAGCCCUGAGCACCGGGCGCCCCCAUCUGCCGCAGGAGGCGAAGGCGUCCAGAAGCUCCCGCCCAAGUCCCCGUUGGCGCCGUCGUUCCACAGCUCGCCGUCGUCCAAGCUCGCGGGCCUCAUCGACCCGCGCAGGAUCCUCUCCCCGGGACGCGUGUCCCCCAUCGAUCCCGAAGGCUCGCCUUCUGUGGGGGUUGCGGCGUCCGUCGAGGAGGAGGUGCCGAGGGAGCAGGCGGCGCUGGUCCCGUUUGUGGCGGUGCGGGAGGAGGAGGAAGGGAGGGGGAUGGAUCUGAGGUUGUGCCUGCGGGGGAGGGACGGGAGGUGCGUGGUGAUGGAGCUGGACUCCACGGUGCUGUGCGAGAGCAGCGCCUUCUUCGCCGACAUGGUGCCGGCCGCCUCUCGAGGGGCCGGCGGGGGCAAGAGGAUCGAGGUGGAUGGGGUGGAGAACUUGGAGGCGUUCAAUGAGGCGGUGGAGCUCAUGUUCGAGCCCAACUCCAUGCGGUGGCUUGCCAGGGCCGGCGUGUCACGGGCGAUAGGCGUACUCGAGGUGUCCUCCUCUAUUAUGUUUGACAGAGGAAUUCAAUCAUGUUUGAAUUACAUCGAAGCAGUUCCUUGGAGUGAUAAUGAGGAAGAGAAGCUGAAGAAUGUCUUUGCUAGAUGCACUUUCGACGAAGCAAUAUCUAAAAAUGUGCUGGCAAGAUUAGAACAACAAUGCAGGAGCAGCUCGGAGGACCUGACAGUGCAGCUCGUUGAAUCUGUGACCAGUGGAACCAACAGCAGUGCGAGAAAAGAGAUGCAAUCUUUGGUCAGUGGUCUCCUAAGCAAGAGCUCGGUCUAUCAAAAGGACUUGUCUGGGCUAAACAAAGGGAGCCUUUACAAAAUCUGUCAUUCCUGUUUGAACUCACUGGUGGAACUUUUCAAGGAAGACUCGGAACCAAUCAAGCAUGCGGACCAAGCAGUGAUAGCUUCGGAUAGUAAACCGAUGAUUGAAAGGGUCAGUAAGCAAACUGAGAAUCUGAAUUGGCUCUUUGACAUCCUUGUAAAUAAUGAUAUGGCAGAAGAAUUUGUCGAGUUGUGGGCUAAGCAAGACGAACUCAUCAGAAUGCAUGAGCAAGCAUCACCGAUGUUUAAAUACGAGCUAAGCCGGAUAUCAGCGAGCGUGUUCAUCGCUCUGGGGAAAGGAAGAAUCCAGUGCCCCAGCGACUUUAGGAGCCAAUUGUUCAAUGGAUGGUUCAGACCAAUGUUAAUGGACUUUGGCUGGCUCCAAAGGUGCUCCAAAGGGCUCGAUGUGAGAAUACUGGAGGAGAACUUGGGGCAUGCCCUACUCACCCUUCCACUUCAUCAGCAGCAGAUCUUAUUCGAAGAAUGGUUUCGAUGCUUUGCAUCUAGGGGCACAGAAUGCCCUAAUCUCAGUAGAGCUUUCCAGGUAUGGUGGAGACGGUCAUUUGCUAGAUCAUCUCGAUGAGAGAUUUUACAUGACCGCGAGGUGUAUGUGUUGUGUGUAUCAAUGUAAAUUUAGAGUUGUUGCAAUAUGUAAUAGAUUCGAAUUCUGGUUUCUUAAUAAACGUCUCAGCUGGUUCUUGCCGUUC